CCUGGAACCUGGGUGGCCAUUACUUUAGACAAGCUUUUCCAUAGUCAUCACAGCAUUGGUCAGUUGCAGUGCAAUGCAGCACAAAUCAGGCUGAGAAAUUAUUCUCUGAUUGUUCAUACUUGGGAUGGACAAACCACCAGUUAAAAAGACAGCUUCUCCUUUAUAACUACAGCUCUGAAGACACAACCAUCACUGGGCUGAGGACUGAGAAAAGGAGGACAAGAUAAAACUGUGUAGAAUCAGUUCAAAGAGUACUGGUGGGGUUGCUGACAGAGUAUCACACAGGAUUGGUGCUAUGAGAGAUCUCACCCUGUCUCUCCUCAGCCGAGGCUGUGGUUUAGUGGCCCGCUCACACCACGACAGCCAAGAUGGCCGUCUGGAAGUCUGCUUUGAACCUGAGGACUACUACAUAUGGAAAUCCCAUCAGCCUCAGCUCAGGUUGUCCAAUAGCGGGCGCUUUCUGGGGGGGGUGGAACCAGUGCCUCCAAAGACCUACAGCACCAGGAGAGGACCUCUCUUCCUGUACUCUGAGGACCUGGCUUCCAUGACAACUGGCUUGCCAGAGGCCAGCAGGAAGAGGCAGGUCUCCCAACAGUCCAGACAGGAAAUGGAUCUUCACCUGCACACUCUACGGGACUUGACUGGGGCCAUAUUGGCUUACGGAAAAAAGCGGCUCAGAGGAGGUACUGCCUCAGCCACCGGCCUCCCUUCACUCCCCCUGCCAACAAUUCUUGACCCCCUUCCACCCUCCAGCAAGGUGUCUCUGGCCCCCAUGAGAGCAACCAGGCAGCCCAGGCCCAUAGCCUCACUGCCUGCCAGGGAACCAGGCUCAGGUCCCCCCUCUUCCCCAAGGCACCACAGACCACCUAUAGGUCUGGAUCCUCUGCCAUCAAAGAGGUUCUUAUCACCUAGAACUGAAGGGAUGGAACCAGACAGAACACAACACUUGACAUUACGUAAAAGCGCAAAAGUGGCCAGCCAUGUCAUGGAGGAUUGCGAAGAACGUAUUACAGAAGCAGAUUGGAAGGAGAAGGAGACCAAGGACUUGAGGAGGUUUGAGGUGGUGUUCUUCACACCCAGGGUUCACAUGAGUCCCAUGCCAGAGACAGAGCCUCCUUGGCAGGUCGAUGGAGGAGGAAGGCCCCCUGGCACUUCAACAAACUGGGACUUGCACAUGGAGCCUGACUGCUCUCUGAACAGUACCACAAAGGACCCCGAGGGUGUGGGACUCUCUGAGAUGGCUGAAGAGAGGUGCUAUCCUCUCAACAUGGCAUCUGUGGACACCUCCUGGGCCUCCAGUCGCCCAUCCCUCAUCAACUUCUACGGCGGCCAUCUUGUUGGCGUACGACACAGGCAAAUAGUCCGACUGGCUGGAGUUGACAGCUGUGUUCAGAGAGUGGCUCCUUCCUCUGACCCCAGCCUCAUGCUCCCUCCACCCUCUGAGGCCCCUCAGUGUUGUCUUCCUCCCAUCUCCCUGGCUCCUCUGGUCAGCCAGGGAGAGGGCAGGGAGGCCCAGGCCAGACAGGGACUGACGUGUGAUGUCGGGGUGCUGGAGCCAAGGGAACCAGGCCAUCAUCUGCCCACCAUCCAGGAGGGAUGUGUGAGACCAGGUGCUGGAAGUAGAGGAGUAGAUAGAAGAGGAAGGGGAGGAGAUGGAGAGAACAGUGGUGGAGAAAGAGAGAAACACAAAAGACAAGAAAGAGAGAAAGAAUAUGGAGGAGGAGGGGGAAAAGCUGUGCCCCUUCAGAGAGUCCCUCGGAAGGCAGUAGAGCAGGCUUGUGUCCUGCUGGAGCCAGAAGAAGAGUGUCCCCCUCCUCUGGGAGUGCUGCCCCCUCUGGCCCGGAGGCAGGGCCCAGCCAGACAGUAUUUCUUGUCCCAGUACAGACCUGACCCCCAGGAUGAGACCUGGGAGGACCCCAGGACCGUGGUCCGGGGCACCUUGCCUCUAGAGCUCAGAGAGGGGCAGAAAGGCCGAUCGUGGGGAACCUUGAUCAUGGGUCCUGACGGCGAGAUCAUUCAGCUGUCCCUGUGGGACCCCAAAGCGGACAAUGGAGAUCCGUCUCACCUUGAUGAUGUCACACGAGAGAACGCUCUGCAUGUGCUGUCCUCUGCGGGGGAGAAGCUACCAUGGAUCCUCUUACUGCAGCCAGAAGCGACUGACACUGACAGACAGGGUUGUGAGACCACAGACCCGGCAGGUGAGGGGAUGAGAAGGAACCCAGAGGCCAUCUUACCAAACAAAGAUGCAAGUCAUCCUAUCCCAGCGCCAAGGACUGGAGUCCAGGGUAUCCUUGGAGACCUGCAGCAGAGAGGAGAGAGACAGGCACCUGGACACAGGUCUCCCUCUCAUAGGGACAGAACUAGACAGGCACCUGGUGCAUAUUACUCUGACAACCAACCGACCACUGACAAAGCUGAGAGGAACAUCUCGACAGCUGCUGUCAAUGGCACACAUAACAUGGAGAUGACCAAGGAGGAGGCCAGGGAGGACACAGGGCAGGAUGUCAGGAAGUACAUGAAGAAGGAGGCAGUGAAGAAGAGAUGGAAGGAGAUAGAUCAGGUGAAGACAAAUCGGGGUCAUCGACAGCCAGCUACUCAGAGCAAUCAGUCAUCCCUACAGCCAGGACAGGAGACUUCCAGUUCAGGCCGUCCAGCAUCUGAACAGGCCAACUUUAACCCCAACCCCACUGAAAGGCUGUCACAGGGGACCUGGUCAGAGAAGAGGAAUCUCAGGAACUCUGAGGGGCCCCUUACACCUAGUGGGUGAGUUCACCACGCAUGGAGACACAUUGAUCAUCUGAUACCAUCUCCUAUCUGUGCUGCAGGGUGGUGUUUAUGGUGCAGGUCAGGGGUCACAGGUUGCAGAGUCAGCUCAUGUGGGUUCAGUCUUCAUUAAUAUCCUGUCGGAUUAAGAUUGGAAUGCUUUCCUCGCUGUGUGUCAGCUUACUAUCUGCUACAAAUGGCCCAGAC